AUGGCCAUGUCUCGAGAUGGAGGAAAUCUCUUUGAAGAAAACAGACUGGAAGAAAUCCGCGAGCGAAUGGACGCCAUUGAGAACUUGACGGUCACUUACAACGACAACGUUUUCACUUGGGAGGAUGUUUGCACGCUCAAUGGAUUGGGUGCCGGAACUUCGACUACGUACAAGUUCCCAUGUGCCCGUCUGUCUCCAAUGGACUUUUUUCAAGAGACGAGAACUUACUUCAAGGAGGUUGACCGAGUGACAUGGUAUCAUGGAGUAGUUCGAGGAGCCGCGAUUCGUCCACGCGUCCUUCGCUUUGGUAUCUUGCAACAGCACUGCUUGGGUUUGGAAGAAGGCCAGUCGGAUGCAUGCAAGGUUCAAGCUGGUCUUCGCCUCAAUCCUGACUUUGCAGAGCAAAUGGGCUACCCCAGAGAAUAUGCCAAUCCAUUGGGCCUCAUUGGAGAUGUGGGAUCACUGGAGUUGAGUGACAACUGCCGUAUUUGUAUCGAAGAGAGCCUGGAAGCCAAGAUGGAAAAACUGCAGCAUGAGCUGGUCGUGCCAUUCUUCAGCGUCCUAGCCCGGGAAUUGCGCCGCUUCCAGCAAACGCUCGCAGAUCCGGAAGAACUGGCUCAAGUUGACGACCUCGCAACCAAGGCUGAAAAGAUUGCCAAGAAGGUUGACAAACGAGCUGUCGAAGACUUUUAUUACUAUCAGGUUUUGCGAUCAACGUAUGCUGAAUUGGGAGCUGAGGCGUAUCAAUCCGCAUACAAUCAGCUCAUCACGCCCGACGCCGUACCAUUGGACUGCUCUACAUCUGCGUGCCCCAAGUUCAACAUCACCCUUGAGGACUCCAAGCAGGCCUUGCGCAACCACGCGGACAACACAUUCUCGAGCAUCACAACAGCUGGCAGUCCGCUACCAGCCUGGUCCGAGAGUGAUGGAAGCGGCAUCAUGUUGCAAGGUUUCAAUCCCGUCGGUGGCAGUGGCGUCAACAUGAGUGCAGAUACUCUUUCGGCAGUGGCAUAUCUGGAUCUUGUCAACUACCGAAACACCAGUGCAUGGAACCCGCUCUAUGCCAAUAGCUAUGCUGACCCAUUGAACGAUCCGAAUUGGGUGCCUCUCGUUGAGACCAACCCAGUUUAUGCUUGGUUCAUGGCGGGCGAGACAGAAAUGACAGCUCACUGUGGCAACGGAAACUUGACAGGUUCCGAGACCGGAGAUCGCACCUUCGAUACCUUUACAAACUUUGUGGCGGUACACAAGCUGACUCAAUACUGGUGCACCAAAUAUGCCGAGCCAUUUGAGGAGGAUGCCACAAGGACUAAGCAACAUUUCGCUCGCAUGUUUUAUGACGGCCUUUUGGAUUCGGAUAGCUUCCUGGGCAUCACCCAAGGCAGCGAUGAUCCUUAUACUUGGACACUGGGAGCGGGUUGUGGAUACAGCCUCGGCGGUGAACGCUACUCUUACACGGAGCAGAGCGAAGCUGAUGUGCUUGCAAAUGCUUCUGGGAACCUCUACUUCAUCGAGGAGGGAGUGUCCGUCGGCGUCGUUGAUCGCAACCUUCUCAUUGGCGAUGCGACACCUCCAGUGGGAAACUACAACUUCUCCAAUCCCCUUCAAAAAGUAGGUGUUGUUCAAAGUCUCUUUGCAUUACUGGGAGAACCAAAGGCCAUCAGGAACCGAGUUUCAAAUUGCAACAGACCAGGAGGACCGCUCAACAUCACCGACGAAGAUGCAGAAGAGGUCCUCUACUUGGCCAAGGAAAGAUUUGACGAAAUCUGGUCAAAAGGUUGGGAUGAUGAAAGUGCUGGAGAAGUUCAAUUUGUCGGGUUUGUCGAUGAUGUUGGUGUUGUCGGUACCACCGGGCGAUUCCUGAAAGAGAUCACAUUGAGCAAUGGGUGGUUGACUACCAUCAGCAUUUUGAUCAUAUGUUGCUUCUCUGUGUUCCUCAUGUUCUCCUUGGAUGCGGUCGAGUCAAAGGUUGCACUGACGCUGGUUGGAUGUGGCCUAGUGGUCCUGUCUUACUUUGCAGCCCUUGGUUUCAGCAUCAUGAUAGGAAUCAAGAUAAACGUCGCAACAGCGUGGACUCUUCCCUUCAUCCUCUUGGGACUUGGUGUCGAUGACAUGUACAUUGUGCUCUUGGCGCUCAAGAAGGAGAGCCAAAAGGGACAUUCCGAAGACAGCUUUUUACGUGGAAUGCAAGAAGUUGUGGUGCCCGUGACAAUGACAUCGCUUGUCAAUGCCAGUAUGUUUGCCAUUAUGAACAUCUCGGAUGUUCCCGCGGUGAAUCUCACUGCAAGAGUGGCAUUGAUUGCGGUUGUGUUCCUCUACCUAUCGAUCAUCUUUUGCUUCAGCGCAUACUGCUUCCUUGAUAUGAAGAGGCAAGCGGCUGGAACGCGGGAUGUGUUCUGUUGCACCAAAGCGGGCGAAAGGAGCAACGAGGAUUCUGGAAACAAGUGCGUCGGAACUUGGCUCUCGACUCUCCUGUACGACAAGCUGUUCAAACCCCUUGUCUUGGGCAACUCAACAAUUCGAAUCGUAUCGCACCUGCUCAUCUGGGCGGUCGCAGCCGGUCUAGUGGGAGUGUCCAUCUACGGCAUUACCGAGCGAGAAGUCGGGCUUGGACUGGAGGAUUUCUUCCCGCACGAUCAUCAGGCGCAGCAGUGGGCGAGUAAGAGGACUGAAAGCCUGGGGUCCUGGUCAAUUGGCAUGAAUUGGGGCGCUUUGACCUAUACAGAGCCUGAAACUCAAAUGAAAAUGAUCAAACAGUUCGAAGAUGUCAUUGCGCAUCCAAACGUCGCUGAUGUCGACACCAAGCAGCUCUGGAUUGCCGACCUAGCGAUUUGGACUUCACGGAUGUGCGAUGCAAAUGUCGCGCGAAGCAACCCCAGCAUCAAGAUGUGUGGACGUGACCAGGUGUGGCCUGUGGACAAUUCCACGUGCGCUGGAACAUGGAAACGCAAUGCAUUCGGGCUGCGUCAAAAGAUCUUUAAUGACAUGAAGGGACAGUGCAAUGCGUAUGAAGGAGGCAUCUGCCGCCCAACUUCUAAAAUGCACUUUGCAGACCUCAUCGACCUUGGAAUAAACAUGUCGGCUCAAGAUCAAAAUGAAGUUUGGUGCCCAGUAAUGGAGGGCUGGUCGGAUGACAAGCUUAGAUUCUGCAUCAAGCAAUGGAGAUUUCUCGCAGGAGGAGGGGGUGGUCUUAUCCUUGAAGAUGAGCACGGAAGUCCAACUCAGUGUCAAGGGGAGUAUUACAGCAACGAAGAAAUCAAAACACCUAUCCCUUAUUCCACUGGACCAACGAUGUUCAGCUUCAACCUGCUCUCCCACGAGAUCACUACCACAGUCAUUGAGGAAACAAGAGCAAUCUGCGACGACGACAAAGAACUUCAUUGCUGGCUUACCGGCAUCCCCUACAAUUAUUGGUCUCAGUACAUUGGCAUUUUUAGCGUGCUGGUUGAGAUCUCCGCCUGGUCGGUUUGUGUCGGCUUCGUCGUAGCGGUCUUGUUCCUAUUGGCACAACACACAAGGCAAGGCGGCAACCGAAGCCUUGCGCAAAAUGUUGGAGGGAGCUUGGCUGGAGCAUUGCUCAUCACCGCAGUCAUGAUCUUGAGCCUUGUCUCUGUGAUUGGUCUGUCUAUAUUGGCUGGGGUUAGCAUCACGGGCUUCUCCAUCAUGAGCUUUGUUUUGAGCGUCGGCUUCAGCGUAGAGUAUGCUGUCCACGUUGUUUCCCGGUGGCUCCAUGCUCCAAACUCCAUCCAGAGCGCUUCGGAUAGGGUGGAUUAUGCAAUGGCUUUCCUUACUCUGCCUACCUUUAUGUCGUUCAUGUCUAGUUGCAUUGGUGUUGCUACGUUGAGUCAGACCGAGUUCAGUUUCACCCAGGUGUUUUAUUUCCGGCCUCUCAUCAUCGUGAUGCCCGUGACAUACUAUUUCGGAUGCUGGUGGCUGCCUGCAUUUCUCUCCAUUCUCGAUUUUGAAUUUGUGAAACUGGGUGGUGAAAGUGAAGAGGUUCGCCCACAAGAGCAGCCAAUCGCAGAAAAGCAAGGUCUUCCUGAACCAACCGACAUCCAUCGUCUCUCCGACCAAGAGGAUUCUGACAACGGCAAAGCUCCCUCCCUCCUAGAGGACAUCACAAGCGAGGUUGAAUGUUGA